GUUGACUGUCGUUUCGGAUAGCCAAUGGGUGACCGUGACGCAAAUGCUCUCCUCCAAUCAUUUCAAUUGAACGGUUGUCGGUGCCGGGUCUUAAGGAGCUCGUUUGUUCAGUUCACCAACGUGUAUUUUCAGCCUGAAGCAGACUUUGUGCAACCUGUGUAAAAUGGGUCGACGCAAAUCAAAAAGAAAGCCUCCUCCAAAGAAGAAGAUGACAGGGGAUCUGGAAACUCAGUUCACCUGCCCCUUCUGCAACCACGAGAAGUCAUGUGAUGUCAAAAUGGAGAGAAGCAGGAACACUGGGGUAAUAUCCUGCUCUGUCUGCUUGGAGGAGUUCCAGACUCCCAUUACCUAUCUGUCGGAGCCUGUAGAUGUGUACAGUGACUGGAUAGAUGCCUGCGAAGUAGCCAAUCAGUAGUCCUCGUGGAGCUGGACACAUCUCAGGAAGCCAGAGAAGUCGAACGUGCGGCAACAGGGCCGCGCCCUUUCAGAUCAAGCGGCUCCGAGGACAUGGCUGAAACAUUCACUCGUGAUAUUCACAGCAUUUUUAUGGUCAGUAGAGAUUCACUCUGUCAGCAGCAGUCUGGCUUCUGACGUCGUCAGCAAAAGCCUGUUUGGAAAACCUUUCCUCCUGAUUUUUGUUUGCAAGAUAUUAGCCUACAGCUUCAGCUUUAAAUGUUGAGAUUUUAUAUAAUUUGUUUUGUGCAGGGUAUGUUGACUUCUCUUACAUACAGCAGGGCUGUGUGGUUUUUAAACGUAAUAUUUGAUGGCCCUGAGACAAAUGCAUGGUUUUUAUAUAUUUAAUUUCGAAAUAAAAAUUGGAGUCCAGAUAUUUAGUUUAUUCUACUAUUCUGCUAGAUACUGCAGAGUCUGGUUUUAUGCAAGAAAUACAUAAUUUGGAGAAGUCGCGCCCUUGCAUUUAAUUGUGAAAUUAGUAAGUACUGAAUAGUGAGCAGAAAACAGACUCUGAAGGACAUAAUGUAAAAGUAGAAAAAAAUCAACUUGUACAGCUAAUUGAUCUUGAUCACUCAGCAGGAUCUACUUGAAGUGCAACAUUUGCUUAUUGCCUAUAUUAAAACCUGGCAGGUGGAAAGAUCUUAGAAGGGAUGUGGAGCGACUUCACGUAAAUGAUGCACUGUAAUAGUUAUUAAUGUCCUAAAUGAAUGCUGCAGAUUUCCAGUUCUUUGUAUACAUAAAAUAUUCCAUGUUUUCCUCUUGGUAGAGCAUGUGUUACCAGUUUUCUUCAUCAUAAUAUUUCUUUAUGUUUUCCUCAUAAACCUAAAUUACACUAGGUCAUCCAAACGUAAAAAACUGAAAUGCAGAAUAUAAAGGGUUGGCUACAUAGUUAACAGGUAACCGGUUGAAUAUUUCAGUUUUCACAUCAUUGUUUUGUGCUUGUUAGAUGAAAGAACCCUGUUCUAUAAGAAUAAACCUUCAAACAUGUAUGCAGAAUAGUGUAUUUUGCUCUGCUGGAAUCUAAUGCUGGAUAAUUGUAAAUUAAACAGUUAUUAAACGACUAUUGUAAUGUCUUCAACUGUGAUCAGUGAAAUAAAGAAGACUGUUGACUUUA